UGGGAUCGUUCGGACCAGCCUGCUAGGUGGUCCCGCCUCCGGCACCUCUCCUCCUUACCUCCGAGAAGGACCCCGCGCGCCGCAGCAGAGCCAGUCCGACCAUCCCCAGGGAUCCGCACUGCCCAGGCAUUACUAAUUCGAUAAAGAUGUGACUGGUGUGUGGGCCCACGACGGCGUAUUUCGUUGCAGAGUGCUGGAUCAACUUUGCGGGACAUAUUACUCAUCUGGGUUUUUUUAGUUUGUCUUUGUUUACCCCGUCGAACCGCUGAUAGAAACAUGGCGACAUCUGCUGCCUUUGAGGCCCUCAUGGAUGGAGUGACAAGCUGGGAUCUCCCCAGGGACUCUGUCCCCAGCGAACUCCUUCUUAUUGGAGAGGCCGCCUUCCCCGUGAUGGUGAAUGACAAGGGCCAGGUGCUCAUUGCUGCCUCCUCCUACGGCCAAGGCCGCCUCGUGGUCGUGUCCCAUGAGGGCUACCUGAUGCAUGCUGGCUUGACUCCAUUUCUCCUCAAUGCAGUGAGCUGGCUCUCUCCCUGCCCUGGGGCUCCCGUGGGAGUGCAUCCAUCCCUGACACCUCUAGGAAACAUCCUGCAGGAUGCUGGGCUUGAGGCACAGAUCAAGCCAGAACCAGGAAAGCCCCUGGGUGUUUACUGCAUUAGUGCCUACAAUGAUGCCAUGACUGCGACGCUGAUCGAGUUUGUGAAACAUGGAGGGGGCUUGCUCAUUGGGGGCCAGGCAUGGUACUGGGCCAGCCAGCACGGCAGUGACAAGGUGCUGUCCAAAUUCCCUGGGAACAAGGUGACAAGUGUGGCCGGAGUGUACUUCACCGACACCUACGGGGACAGGGACCGGUUCAAGGUCUCUAAGAAGGUGCCCAAGAUCCCACUCCAUGUUAGGUGUGGAGAGGAUGUCAGGCAGGACCAGCAGCAGCUCCUGGAGGGGAUCUCAGAGCUGGACAUCAGGACAGGAGGAGUCCCCUCGGAGCUGCUGGUGCAUGGAGCCCUGGCCUUCCCUCUGGGGCUGGAUGCCUCACUCAACUGCUUCCUGGCGGCUGCUCGCUAUGGCCGAGGUCGGGUGGUCUUGGCUGCCCACGAGUGCCUGCUCUGUGCUCCCAAGAUGGGGCCCUUCUUGCUCAAUGCUGUGCGCUGGCUGGCCGGAGGCCAGACAGGCAAAGUUGGGGUGAACACAAGUCUAAAAGAUCUGUGUCCCCUCCUAUCAGAGCAUGGCCUGGAAUGCAGCCUGGAGCCACAUCUGAAUGUCAACUUGGGUGUCUACUGCUGUAAGGCAUACAGUGACAAGGAGGCUAAGCAGCUGCAGGAGUUUGUGGCUGAGGGUGGGGGGCUGCUGAUUGGAGGCCAGUCCUGGUGGUGGGCCUCCCAGAACCCCGGCCACUCCCCCUUGGCUGGCUUCCCUGGUAACAUCAUCCUCAACUGCUUUGGCCUCAGCAUCCUGCCUCAGACUCUCAGCGUAGGCUGCUUCCCUGUUCCCACCCCAGAGAUGAGAAGCUACCACUUCCGCAAGGCACUGUCUGAGUUCCAGGCUAUAUUGAACCACGGAAAUGGGAACUUGGAAAAGAGCUGUCUGGCAAAGUUGAGAGUUGAUGGUGCAGCCUUCCUACAGAUUCCUGCGGAUGGGGUCCCUGCUUACAUAUCCCUGCACAGGCUCCUGAGGAAGGUGGUAAGAGGGUCGGCACUUCCAGCUGUGAGCCGGGAAAAUCCAGUUGCCAGUGACUCCAUUGAGGCUGCGAUGCUCUCUCUGGCCACUGGGCUGGCUCACUCUCUAACUGACAGCUCCCAGCUGGCCAAGUGGCUUGGCACCAGGACCUGCUCCUCCAAUUUGAACCCCUCAAAACACCCCAUCACCGUGGAGAUUGAAGGAAACAACCCAGGCAACGAUGAUUGCUGGGUGAGUACUGGGCUCUAUCUCCUGGAAGGACAAAAUGCAGAAUUCUCACUGUCUGAAGCUGCUGCCUCUGCUGGCCUGAAGGUACAGAUUGGCUGCCACACCGAUGACCUGACCAAGGCCAGGAAGCUGUGUCGAGCCCCCGUGGUGACUCACCAGUGCUGUAUGGACGGGACCAAACGGUCAGUCUCCUGCCUCUGGGGUGGCCUCCUCUACAUCAUCGUGCCCGAAGGCAGACAACUAGGCCCUGUGUCUGUCACUAUCACGGGGGCUGUGCAUGCCCCAUACUACAAGCUGGGUAAGACAUCACUAGAGGAGUGGAGGAGACAGAUGCACGAGAACCUGGCUCCCUGGGGAGAGCUGGCCACGGACAACAUCAUCCUGACAGUGCCGACCACAAGUCUCCAGGCCUUGGAAAACCCUGAGCCUGUGCUCCGCCUCUGGGAGGAGAUGAUGCAGGCUGUGGCCAGGCUGGCAGCUCAGCCCUUCCCUUUCCGCCGACCCGAGAGGAUUGUGGCUGAUGUGCAGAUCUCAGCUGGCUGGAUGCAUUCAGGAUACCCCAUCAUGUGCCUCCUAGAGUCUGUGCAGGAGCUCAUCAAUGAGACGAGCAUGAGAAGUCGGGGUCUGUGGGGCCCCAUCCAUGAGCUUGGCCACAACCAACAGCGGGAUGGAUGGGAGUUCCGCCCACACACUACCGAGGCCACCUGCAACCUUUGGUCAGUCUAUGUGCAUGAAACAGUCCUAGGGAUCCCCAGGGCUAAGGCCCAUGAGGCUCUGAGCCCUCCAGAACGAGAGAGGAGGAUCAAGGACCACCUGGGAAAGGGAGCCCCGCUGUGUGACUGGAAUGUGUGGACAGCCCUGGAAACAUAUCUACAGCUCCAGGAGGCCUUUGGGUGGGAGCCAUUCACCCAGCUCUUUGCUGAGUACCAGACCCUCUCUCACCUCCCCAAAGACAACACGGGCAGGAUGAAUCUAUGGGUGAAGAAGUUCUCUGAAAGAGUGAAGAAGAAUCUGGUUCCCUUCUUUGAGGCCUGGGGUUGGCCUGUCCAGAAGGAGGUGGCUGACAGCUUGGCCUCCCUACCAGAGUGGCAGGAAAACCCCAUGCAAGUGUACCUCUGUGCCAAGAAGUAAAGCAUGCCCCACAAUGCAGGAGAGAAGAGGCAAGAUCACACCGCCAACUCCACCACCGGGGUUUUGGCCACAUGUGCUCAGUACCUGGAGCCUGAAUCCUGCUUACCAGCCUGAGCUCUAGGUGGUAGCCAAGGUCAUAAGAAUAAAUGAAACCCCUUUCUGGAAAAGGUGCUCUUGUGCUCCUUUUUAUUGUU